AUGCUUUUUAACGCCAAGAAGGGGAAGGAAACGGCGCGCGAUGGGGGGGACGGCGGGGGCAGCGACGCGGCCCCAAGCGAUGGAAGUCAGAACGGGGUUAUAAACGACCAGGAGUAUGAGAGUUUGUUCCCGUCGAACGGGCCCUACGGGGGCGGCCUGAGUGGCGGUUUGAGUGGCGGCCUGAGUGGCGGUGUAAGUGGCUGUCCAGGCUUCACCCCAAGCUACGCCCCACACUGCGGGCCCGCGUACGGGCCAGAGUACACGCACAGCUACAGCUACAGCCAAAGCCACACGCACAGCCACAGCCACGCGAACAUCAUCGAAUCAAUGUGCAUCAACGAAAUCAAGAGCGCCGAGGAGGACGAGCUGUUUGAUGAUUCCAAGCACCAAGAUAAACAGGAGCUCAUAACGAAGCUGAGGAGCAAACUGCAAAUCAAAAUAAAGGACUACAAUUUGGUGAUGGACACGCUCAUAAGGACGAAGGAAGAAUGUGUACAGAGGAAGGAGCAGGUGAAGGAGUUGCAGAAGAGGAACAGCCAGGUGGAAAGGGAGUGCUCAAAUUUGAAGAAUGUUAUCGAGAGGAAGAACCUAGAAAGUGACAUGCACUGCGGAGGGAAGGGCAUCCUUUGGGGGACCACCGAAGGGGCGACCACGCAUGCCCAUUACAAGAGCGAACACGACGAGAUGAAAAUUAAACUAGCAAGGGUAGAAGAAAGGUACAAAGAAAUGACCCGAAAGAAUGAAAAACUCAGCAGCGACUUUAGCAGUCUGAUGAAGGAGAAACUUAAAGUCGAAACGGAAGCGAACAAACAGAUGGACGCUCUAAAAAGAGAAAACGCCAAACUGAAGGAAACAAAUGAACAGCUGAAGGCGGAGAGGGAGCGACUCCUUAACAAGUACCUGCAAAGUGAAAAGAAUAAUUUUAAAGACAUCAAAGAGAGCAAAGCAGAAGUACAGUCCCUCCGAGAAAUAAUCCUUAAAGAAGAAACGAUGCGAAAAAAUGCAGUUGAAAGUUUAAACAAAGCGAAGGAAAUUUUGAGCAAAUCUCUGGCCACAUCAGAGGGUAGCAUUAAAAAGUUAUUAGAGGUAGAAAAAGGGAGAGACGAAUUGAAGGAACAAAAUGAUCAACUGAAAAGGAAACUGCAAAUCUGCCGAACAAAAGUAGACAAUCUUAAAGGGGCAUUAACCCAGUUCGAACGAAUGUAUAAAAAAAUCGUGGAAAAAAAUAAUUUCUUGUUUUCCUUUACGCAUGAAUUUUUAAAUACAAAAAAUUGCAACGUGGUGAUUUUGCGGUCCUCCAGCGAUAUUAGGCACGUGUGUGAGCAGUACAAAAUUGAUGCCUCUCUGUUUGAGAACGUCAACUGCUUCUCCGCUCUGUACAUUUACGAAGUCGUUUUUAACGCCCCUCUGCCGGAGUCGGACGGGGAGAGCGGCGGGAGCGACGCGGAUGAAGAGGGCGGUGUGAACGGAGCGAGCGGCGUGAGUGGAACAAAUGACCUGCACAACUCGGCAAACCACAGGGGGGGGAAAAAGCGCUGCCGCGAUAAAUACAUAAAAAUCAAGAAGAAAAAGUUCAAAAGCCUCAAUUACCUCCUUAACGAAGCGCAGGUGAAGGUCAUCGCCCUCUCCAGGGCCAACGAAAAAAUGGAGAAGUGCUACGCCAACGUGAGGAACAACCGGAUGAAGGACGACGUGAAUCGGUUUGUUAGGAAAAAUUAUCAUUUGGACCCCCUCACCCUCCAAGGUGACAAGACGCACGUGGAAAACCUCCUGCAUGAGAAGCUAGAGUACAUUAAAGAUGUGGAAGGCAAGGUGAAGGAGAGGGACCUCAUCGUGCAGAAGCUCAAGGAUGCCAACUUUAGAGUCAAAUUGGAGAAAGAAACGCUGCUGAAGGUCAUAUCGUCCAUUUCGAAUCUGUCCUCCGUUGUGCACGUCGAGCGUAACAGCAGGAGCUGCUCCAUCGAGAGCCUCGUGGAGGCGGCCGUCAGGGACUGCGUGGGUCGGCACGUUAAAAGCGGCUGCCUCGUGGACGACUUCAGCGGGAAGACCCCCUCCAACGUGAGCAACAACUCGCUGCAGCAGGGGGGGGCGAUUAGCGGUACGCCAACCAUGUCGGCAGCCAUACCGCCAGCCACGCCGGCAGCCAUCACGUCAACCCCUGCGCUGGCGGAGAAGGAGGAGGCCUUCCGCCAAGUGUUCGAUAACCUCGAGAAGGCCAUAGUGAGCAUCGAGAGCAAGCAAAUGAGUUACUUCAGGAGAAGCGACUUGCUGAGUUACCUGGACGACUACGUCAUCACACUGGAGAUCUUUGGCCGGAUCUCCGAGUAUAACGAGCAGUUCCGCGUGGAGCACCUCCUGGAGGACGGCCCAGUAGAGCGCCCCUCCUAUGGUAGUAGUAGUAGCAGCCGCUUAGACCCGGUGACCCUCUCCGAGGAGCUGCAAAAGUGGAAGAAGAGGCACUCGGAAGAGGAGCUGCUGCACCAUUUGGAAGAAGCCAAGGUGAUUCAAAAGUACAGGCAAUUCUACCAUCACCACUUCAUCCACAUAAACACCAUUUUCAACACAAUCGUCAGUUAUAACCUCGUGGAUGUGAUGGAGGCAAAGAACAAACUUGUGUAUGAGCGAUACUUUAACCUCUUCAAUUUGAAUUUUAGCAAUGUGGAAAUAUCCUUCGAGUUGCUGCUCAACAGAUUCGAAAGGAUAAUAAGGCUGGCGAAGAGGUACGCAGACAAGGUGCUGGAGAGCGACAAACGAAUUACGCAGAUGAAUGUUAAUGAGGCCAAUCUGUUCGAAAGGGGGAAGAAAUUGGAGUACGAUUUGGAGGUCCUUUCGAAAGAGAAGGAGAAGCUUCAAAGGUUGGUGAGUCUAAACGAGGAGGAAAUAAAACGGGUGGCUAACAAUCACGCCAUUCUGCAAAAUGAGUGCAAAGAACACAAAUGCAAAAAUGACCUCCUAAGUGAUAAGUACGAGCAGGUGAAGAAGGAGAAGCUGCUAAUGGAGGAGGAACUCUCCAGUAAACACAUUAGAAAUGUAAAGCUGACAGAACAAAACGAAGAAAUGAUUAAACUGUAUGAGAAGGAAAAGGCCUACCUCCACUCGCUCAUACAAGAGGAAAAAGAAAACAACCAAUUUUUGAAGGAAAAGCUAGACUCGUUCUUCACCCUAAAUGAACAAAUAAAAUGUGAUUACAACAUUAGGCUUAAUAAUUUGAAUGCCCUUUGGGUGGAGGAGAAGGACCACAACCGGAAGAACGUGGCCGAUAUUAGCAGCCUGAAGAUGGAGAAGGCGAGUUUGCUGCAGCGAAUCAAAGACCUGGAGGGUCAGAGCUCCUCGAUGAAGCGGGAGCUGCACGAGCGCGUCAAGCAGGUGAACGUGCUCCGCCACUGUAUGGCGGCGGAGGGGGGAGGCGGCCAUGUGGGUGACCACACAGAUGAUCACGCAGAUGAUCACACCGCCAACCACACCGCGAACCGCCGGGCCGCCAUCGACGAGCUGGAGUACAAAGCGGAAAAGGAAGUGCAGAUCAAGAAGCUGCAGGAGAGCAAAGCCGACCUCGAAAGAGACAUCCUGCAGCUGAAGGGGGAGAAGGAAAUCCUCAUGGGGGUGAUCGAAACGUGGAGAAAUUUCAGCGCAUGCAGUAAAGACGAAAUUAGAAGGCUCAAGAAGAUGUGCAGUGAGCAAGUGCAGAAGCACAAGGAGUUCCUCCUAAUCACCCAGUCAAAUGAGGAGAAGCUAAGCAAAAUAAAGGACCUGCUAGGGGUAGAGCAGUCCAAGCACGCCAGAGAGUUAGACGAGACGAAGGACAAGCUGAACGAGCAGAUUGAGAAGCUGCAAGGUGAAGUGGCUGAUAAAGAACUGCACCUGAAGGAGCUCAAAUGGAGCCAUGACCAGAUGGAAAGCAAAAUGAAAGCUCUAGAAAGAGAGAAAAAGGAUCAUCUGGGUAUGAAGCAGAAGGAGGAGGAAUACCUAUCGCUGCUGAAAAAUGAUAAAUCCAAUUUGCAGAAAGAACUAAGUGCAAUUGCACAGAAGUACCACUCGCAAGUGGAGCAAAAUAAAAAGCUAAUCGCCGAAAGGGAAGUCAUAAUCAGUUCCCAUAAGAAAGAAGUUACCAAUUUGAAGGACCUCCUGGAGAACCUAAAAAAAGAUAACUCCCACCUGAAUGACAUGUUCAGAACGAGAGUCAAUCUAAAUGAUAAUCAAAUUCUUAAGACGAGGUUGGAGCAGCUGCUCGACGUUAACAAAGACCUGCAGGAAGAACUGCACCACAACUGUGCCCUUCGGGAUAAAGUCAAUUUCGAAAACGACGAGCUGAAGCAAAAGUUGCAAGUGGAGAAGGGCAAACUGCUCCAGCAGCAGAAAUACAUCGUGGAGCUGCAGACCAAUCUGACGGAUAAGAACAGCCUAGGCCAUAUGAAUGACGAGUUCAUUGUGAGCCUCAAAGCGAAUCUGCAGAAAUCUAGGGGAGAGCUGCACAACUUGGCAAAGGAGAUUGAGAAGGUCCAACUGAAUGAGGAGAAGCACCAGGUGAAAAUAAAACUUCUGGAGUCGCAGCUGUCUAGGAGGGAGAGCGAAAAGAGGAAGGUCGAGCAGCAGUUGGAGCUACUAACCAAUGAGCAUGCCAUCCACUUUAACAGAAUGAGGACCGACCUUGACGUCGUGAAGGAGCAAAACAGAGUCCUGCGACUCGCCAAAGAGGAGCACGAACGGAAGAUUGAGCAGCUGGAAAAGGAGAACGAAUUUUUCCAGGCCACCAAGAACAACGACUCGGCCAUUGUGGAGAAGGAGAAGCUGCAGGGCCAAGUGGCGCAGCACCUCGCCGCGAUCACCGCCAAGGAGAAGCAGAUCAUCGCUCUGAACUUCCAGGUUAGGAAGCUCGCCAAUGAGAACGCCGAGCUGCGCGCGGGAAACGCGGCGGGGGAAGGAGACGAAGCGGGGAUCGCGGCAGAGGGGGGCACCUCGAAGGGGCCGCUCGAAAUAUACAAAUACAUCGGCGAGAACAUCGACCUGACGGCGGAGCUGGAGAACAGAAACGAAGUGAUCGAGCAGUGCAGGGAGGAGGCCAGGGAGAAGGACCAGCAAAUUAAGAAGCUGCACGAAGAUGUCGACGCCCUAACUCGCAGCAUGGCCAAAUUGAAGGACUCCCUCAGCGUCAUGGAGCAGUAUAAGGACAGCAUGAGUAAGCACAUGAAGGAGAAGGACGAAAUCAUCGAUGGGUUGAAAAAGGCGUAUAGCAAAAAAGUGGAUGACCUGCUUCAGGGCUACCCCGGCAGCAACACCAACAGUGGCUUCUCUGCUCUGGAGAAUGCCAUGAGUGCCUCUUCGGAGGAGAUCCUAAGCACGCUAAAAAAUUUAUCCGCAAAUGGAGGAGUUCCUCCCGAACGGUCUACAAAUGGUGAGGAGUCCCCCUCGAAUGGAAGCGAACACAUUGUCAUCAUCAAGUGUAACAUAUUGAAGCUGUUUAAGCUGGGGUCCUGCUAUCUCUACAUAAUCAACCGCAAUAUGAAGGAAAUUCAAAUUUUAAAAAACCAGGUGAGCUCUCUCAAGCAGAGCAUACAGACGCAAAAUGCCUUUAUUCAAAGCCUCAAAAAAGAAAAUAAAAAAAACGAAGUGAUCCAAGUGAAUAGCAUAGACGAAAUCGCACAGCUGAAGGGUGACCUACAGACAAAUGAGAGCUCCCUACAUAGCUUGAGGAACAAUUUGAAGAACACAGAGCAGAUGAAUAAGCUGCACGAAAUGAAUCUUGGAAAAUGCAAAAGCUUUAUUAUGCACCUCCUCCAAGAGAACAUAAUCAUCUGCAAUAUUUUUAAAAUGGUGAAUUCUAGGAAAAGAGUGGAAGCCUCCAUUAUAAAUCAACUGAGGGGAUUGAAAAAGGCCUUCCACCUAUACAUGAACGAUUCUCUUGUGGAGGAGCUACAGCGGGGCGGGGGUUGUGAUGACCCCAUUUUGGCUAAGCAGGAGAUGAGGUGGACGAACGGUAACUGCAACGUCGUUGAGGAGGUCCUGCAGAACGUCGAGAGGUUUGCCCACAGUUUUAACUCCAUGGUUGGAGAGGGGCGGGCUGAUUUUAUGAGCUUCCGCGCGGAUGGAGAAGCGGGUGCAAAUGCGGAUGCAGAUGUACAUGCAGAUGCACAUGCUAGUGAGCCCUUGAGGGAUGACCAACCCGGCCAAGAAGGCGUUUUCCCGCCCACCAGCGAAACUAUCCCAGUUGCACAUUCGGGACCGAGUCAGCACCUUGCGGAGGACCCACAUGAGGAGCAAAUCCAAAACAGUGGGACUCCCCAAAGAGGGGAACCCCCAAAUGUGCUCAACUUUGAUGGUACGCAUAUGAAUGACGACCAAGAGGAGGGAAAACCAAACGAUGGGGCGUAUCCCUCCGAGGGAUCACACGAGGAAGUGGAGCCCACCAAGGGAGGUGCCAUCAUCCCGCCAGAUGAACAGGGCGUAAGUCAAGAUAGGAACAACGAAACGUUGGAGCGAUAUGAGGAGAACGUCAUGGAGGAAGAGCGCCAGGAGGAGAAGCAGUCCUCGUGCACGCAGGGAAGCCCCCGAGAAAGAAGCAGCUCUAGUGGAAACGUCACCGGCUUCAUUCGAGGCAUCUUCCGAGGUAUAAUUCGCGAAAAGGAAGAGGAGAAUAAGCCCCCUCAGGAAGCAAGUGAGGCGGCCAGUCUGCCAGUUGAAGACGACGGAAAAUCGGCCCUCCCCAACGCAAACGGGUUAAUCGUAAACACUGAAGAAGGCGCCGGUGUUGUUACCCCAGGUUUGGAAAACGGAGUGAACUCCUCAGCGUCGUACGGGGAAGCGAAUGGAAAUGAGCAGGGUGGUACAGCCCAAUCUGGUGAAGGGGAUAAAGACGAAGAGGAAGAUGGAGGGGAGACCGGCGCGGAGCUGUGCGGCGGCGAAAUGGAUGCCUCUCACAUGGCAGUCGGUGUGGAAGGCGAGGAGGGGGCAGCCGAUGGUGAGGAGGAAGCCGCAGGGGGGUCGACUCCAUCGGGGGAGUUAUGCAACAUGGGAGGGGGAAUAAACCCUCAAGAGGGUGAUGGCGAGGGUGAUAGCGAGAGCGUCGGGGGGGCUGAACAGGAGCAACCGAAGAGUGACGAAGUGCACGAUGAAGAAGUGCUUCCUGGGGAGGUGCUGCCUGGGGAAGUGCUGCCUGGGGAAGUGCUGCCUGGGGAAGUGCUGCCUGACGAAGUACUACCUGAUGAAGUACUCCCUGAUGAAGCACUCCCUGACGAAGUGCCGCCUGACCAGCCGGCGUGGACCCCCCUGACGACCCGCGUGAUGGAGGACCUCCACGCACCCAGCGGUCGCGUGGUGAGUCCGUUCAGGUCGCACGUGUCCGAAGAUAACUACGAUCCUGGGGAGGGAAGAGGAAUGAAAAAGAGAAAAUACAACUCGGAUUCGGAGGUGGUGAAUGCGAAUUGGCCUACGUCUGCGAGGCACUUGAAGAAGCUCAAAAAGGCGGCGGAGGAGUCGCACCACCCGGAUGAGUCACAUCAUUCGGAGGAGUCACAUCAGGGGGAGCAGUCACAUCAUUCGGAUGCGUCAGAUCAUCCUGCGCCGCAGCACCACCCGCAGCGGAGUGACGAGGAAGGGGGAGAGGGGGAGCACGUGAGCCAUGGAAGUGGAGAGCCCUUUCAAGAGGGGGGGAGCUACAUGGGCGAUGGUGGCAGUUACCCCUACGAUGAUGAAGAAAGCAGAGAGGAUGACAUGCACGCUGAAGUGUACUCUCAUGGGGGGAGAGAAAACACAUUUUUCGAGUCCACCCAAGGAGGAGUGGGCCACGUAAGGGAGCUACACAGUUGUAGGAACCUCUACGAUCAGGUCGAUUCGAACCUCCUGCAGAGCAGUCAGCACCGUAAAGGGGAAAAUAAUUUCCCCCCCUAUGAAGAAGAGAAUCAAGAAAUGGAGAGCAACCGAAGUUGCUAUGUAAUUUCGUCCGACGAGGACUGUGAGAGGAAUGACGACCAUGGGAGGGGCGCGCCCGCGGGGUUGCAGCGGAGAGGCGGUGAAGGGGAGGAGGAAGAAGAGGAAGAGGAAGAUGAAGAAGAUGAUGGGGAGGAUGAUGGGGAGGAUGAUGAGGAGGAGGAUGAUGGAAUGGGUGAUUACGAAAAUGAGGAGUACGAGCAGGAGGAGUACGCACAGGGGGAGUACGCUCAGGGGGGAUACGAAAAUGAGGAGUACGCACAGGAGGAGUACGAGCAGGAUGAAGAGGACGACGGAGAGGACGAUGGCGAGGACGACGGAGACGACGGCGAACACGCGAAUGAACAGUUCGAUCAGUACGAAGAGUACGACGCGGCGGCAGAGGAGGAUGAGGAGGAGGAGGACUAUGACCAGUACGAUGGGGGGAACUCCAAGGAUGAGAUGGGUGAAGCGGGCCAAAUGAGCGAAGCUGACGAGAUGGGAGCAGCAGACGAGAUGGGGGAGGAGGAGUAUCCCCAGUACGAUGAGUACAACGCGAGGGAUCCCGAAGAGGGGGAGGAAGAAGAUGACGAGGAGGAGGGACAAAUCGAAGGAAGAGGGCUAUCCCCAAAUGUGCCCCUGAAUAGCUCCCACGAACAUGCUGACAGUGCAACGGACACCCCCUAUCAUCACCAAGGUGAAAGUUCCAAUGAUGAGCAGCCCAACAAUGAUUUUCCCCCAUCUGCACAUUCGGACGGGAGCAACGAACAGGGGGAAGAGCACCCCGUUUUGUUUAACCCUUCAAAUGUAAACGUGGCACAGAAUGACGUGUCGUACGAGGAGAAUGCAGAUCAAGGGGGGGCCAUUAGCAUACCGUCUUCGCAUGAAAACAAUGAGGAGGUGUUUGACAAGCAGGGGGUAGACACAGAAGGGGGUGCAGAAGCUGACGCCGAGGAGGGCGAGCAGGACGCCCAAGAGGACUAG